AUGGCACCUAAGUCUUCUCCGUUUAACCCAUCCUGUACUGAUUCAUGCAAGGACUUUUACUCCAACUCGGCCGAGGAAGUGAAAACCUGUAUCUUUGGCUGCAAUGGCUAUAUCAACAGUGUCGAGAAACCCCAAAAUAGCUGGUUCCAAUCUAUCCUGGACCGUUUUAAAUCCCUUAUUGGCAAAAUAAGCAGUCAACUGACAUUCUCACAGAACACCGCUUCUGAAACUCAGCCGCUUUCGAAGCCUGACGAUCAAUCUAUCGUGACCCGCAUUCGAAUCUUUUAUUUCGGUGAGUCUUUUGAGUCUACACGUUUACUUGAUGUCAUACAUCUGUUCGUUUGA